AGGAAGAAAGGAUGACAGAAGAAACAAGAGCCAAUAGGAGCGCGGCAAAAAGAGGGGGCGGGGCGGCUGUUGAGGGCCAAUGGACGGAGAGGCAAAGUGACCCAGGUGUCUGGACUGGGAGACGACUUUGACCGCUGACCCCGAGUCGGAACCAGCCACACCCCUGGAGUUGGGGGAGAGGGGGCGGCCGGACCACGUGACUACACUAAGCCCUUCCCGUACCUGCAAGCUCGAAAUGGUGACCAAUGGAAUGGGGGCGGGGCGACAACCAGGUCCUGCUGGGGAUGCCCCGGCCCUGCCCCCGCCCCCAUGGAGCUGAAGGUGUGGGUGGACGGAGUCCAGCGUGUGGUCUGUGGCGUGUCGGAGCAGACCACCUGCCAGGAAGUGGUCAUCGCCCUGGCCCAAGCCCUAGGACAGACCGGUCGCUAUGUUCUCAUCCAGCGCCUCCGGGACAAGGAGCGACAGAUGCUGCCACAGGAGUGCCCGGUGGGCGCCCAGGCCACAUGUGGACAGUUUGCCAGCGAUGUCCAGUUUGUACUUCGGCGGACGGGGCCCAGCCUCGCCGAACGGCCUGCCUCAGACCCUUGUCUUCCCCCAGAGCGCUCCCCAGUGUGGGCCAGCCUUCCCCAUAGGCCCCGGCCCCCUGCGCCCCAUGAGCCCCACAGGGGCUGGCCCUCCGCCUCAGCCAGGGAGGACGCAGGAGGGGAGCUGUGGGGUCUGGAGCACCUGGUCCAGAGCAACGAGGCCGAGCUGGGUCAGGAGGGCUUCUGGGAAGAGGAACUCCGGCGGGAAGUGCAGCAGGAGCUGGAGCGCCAGGGCCGCAUGCGAGAAUUGCAGGUGGCCACCGAGGAAUGCGCCCUUCGCCUUCGAGAGCUGGAUGCUCAGGCCCGAGCCCUAGAGGAGGAGAUUAGCUGGCGGCGGCAGCGGCAACAGCAGCAGCAGGAGGGGCCUGGCCCCCGCAGGACCCAGGACGAGGCUGCGGCCGCCCGGCUCCAGAGGGACCUGCAGACCCAGGCCCUGCAGAGCGAGCGGCUGGAGAGCAGCCUGGCCAGUGUGGGCCGGGCCCUGGCGGAGGCCGAGCAGAGCCUGCAGGCCCAGGCCCAAGAGGUGGAGGAGCUGAACCGAGAGCUCAGACAGUGUAACCUGCGGCAGUUCAUCCAGCAGGCCGGACCGGCACUGCCCCCACGACCCCAAGGCUCUGGCCCCAGCCAGGCAGCUCCCCUGGACGCUGAGGCCAUGCUGAAGAUGGUCACGUCCCAGCCAUUCAGCUGGUCCCCUUCUCCAGCCAUGCUGCACUGGUCAGCUAUGUGAAAGAUCACUGGAAAAGGCUGACUUGGGCCGGGAGGAGAAUCUUUGUGCCACUCUGUCAGAGACCCACGGACGGAAGGACGGUGGUCCCACGGGCUGGCCCAGGCUCCUCUGGUCAGAGCUCGCUUCCCUGGAUCCCUAUUGUGUGGCCAGUAAACUCCUAGCAGGGGUGGGGGUGGAGGUGUGCUAUCUCCUGGGGUGGACUGAGUGUAUCCCUGCUGGGGAAGGUCCUAUUCCUAUGUGGAUCCCCUGGAAUAAAGGCACCCUAAGUAUGCUAUA